AUGCCUACGGAGUCACAGCCUCCGAUGUUUAGUCUCCUCCCUAAGCUCCGACCUCUCCUUUCUCACUCGACGUCGUUUUUCAUUGCUCCGUUCGGGCGGCGGCGGGGUCUCGCGUUUAGCGCUCUUCCUACAAAGACGAAAGCUAUCGACGCAGCGUUGAUGAAAGAGAAAUGGUUGGAGUCUCUCACUCUUCCCCCACCAGAAGAACACGUGGUGACUCGGGGGAAUACCGAGUCGAGUUAUGUAAUUGGGGUAGACCCAGACUUGUCCGGUGCUUUGGCUCUCUUGAAAGUUAACCACGUCUUGGGUUCUUCUGAAGCCCAGGUCUUUGAUACUCCUCACCUGCCGGUUUUAGUUGGAAAAAGAGUGCGGAAACGUUUGGAUGCAAAGUCAAUAGUUCAGUUGAUUCGAAGUUUAGAAAUACCCUCUGGAAGUACGGCAUAUAUAGAGCAAUCAACUCCCUUUCCUAAAGAUGGGAAACAGGGGAGGAUUUGGAUUUUGGAUAGGAACACUUUUUACGUCAGCUUUUCUGUUGUUCCUGUUUCUUCAGCCUUGUGGAAGAGGCAUUUUCAACUUGCUAGUGGAAACUGCACAAAGGAUGAUAGUAGACGAAUUGCAUCGGACUUGUUUCCUUUGCUUAGUUCGCAACUCAAGAGAAAAAAAGAUCAUGGUCGAGCUGAAGCAUUGCUCAUUGCGGCAUAUGGUGAAACUCUUAAAACUUCCAAAUUGUUGUACACGCCUCAAGAGUUUGUCUCUGAGCUUUACUGUUUAGAAAGCUAG